CUCCGGCUUCGCCUGCUGAAGUCACAACACUGCCCGGCUACCUGGACGCGCCCGGCGGGCAGCUGCGGGCCCCGCGCCGACUGGCGGCGCUGAGGGGUCGCCGAGAGGAGCUCGGCGGCGUCUGUCGGAGCCGUUCCCUCCGUGGGCCGCCGGCGAGGGCAUGAUCGGGGACUCCGUCUGCCUCACGAGCGGCGGCGGGAGCGGCGAGGGCUGGAGACGCCGCGCAGAGGCCACGGUCCAGGGCUGCGCCGGGGGACAGCGGGGCAGGAGAUGUGCCUGUCCUUAGCGGCCCAGCAAGCAGCAUGCACCCCGAUGCCACCGACAGCAGCGGCGCCGGCCUCAGCCCAGCGCCGGCCGUGGGCGCUCCAGGCCAGCGGCGGCCGGAGCCCCGGGAGGACGCGGUGGCUCCAGGGGGCCCUCGCGGUGGGAGCUGGCGGGUGCCAGUGGCCGUGGCCAUCCUCGCCGCGGUGUUCCUCUCCUACCUGGGGCCCGGCUGCUGGCAGGGGGCAGGAGGCACGGGGCCGUGCGCCGCCCUGCUCAGCCUUGUCCUGUACUUGGGCUGCGCCUCGGCCGCCUUCCUGUUCGGGACCCUGUUCUCUCUCGUCUGCCGGAGCCGGCGAGCCCCGCCGCCCGACUUCGCCGCCGCCUGGACACGCCUGGUAGAGGCCGUCUGUCGCCGGCCGGGGAGUCCUGUGUAUGGAAACUCGCACGAGACAGUUCAGUCUAGAAGGACAGUCAUUUCUCACCAGAUGGAUAAAGCUCUGAAAGAAGUGUUUGACUACAGUUACAGAGACUACAUUCUGUCCUGGUAUGGGAGCCUCAGCAAAGAUGAGGGGCAGCUUUACAACCUGCUCUUGGAAGACUUUUGGGAAAUCGCCAAACAGCUGCACCACAGACUGAGCCACGUGGACAUCGUUAAAGUCGUCUGCAACGAUGUCGUGAGGACCUUGCUCACUCACUUCUGUGACCUGAAGGCCGCGAAUGGCAGACAGGAAGACCAGCCGAGGCCUUUUGUGUUGCACGCGUGCUUGAGGAACUCAGUCGAAGAAAUAAGAUUCCUACAGACCUGUUCUCGGGUUCUGGUGUUGUGUCUCCUCCCGUCCAAGGAUGUCCAGUCUCUCAGCUUACGUAUAAUGCUCGCAGAAAUCCUCACGAUGAAAGUGUUGAAGCCUGCGGUGGCCUUGCUCAGUAACCCAGACUACAUUAACCAGAUGCUGCUCACCCAGCUGGAGCGCAGAGAGCAGAUGAAUGAGCAUCACAAGCGAGCCUACACCUACGCUCCUUCCUACGAAGAGUUCAUCAAGCUCAUUAACAGCAACUCGGACGUGGAGUUCCUGAAGCAGCUCAGGUAUCAAAUUGUGGUGGAAAUAAUCCAGGCAACUACCAUUAGCAGCUUUCCCCAGCCGAAGAGGCACAAGGGUAAAGAAACCGCCGCGAUGAAAGCUGAUCUCCUGAGGGCCAGGAACAUGAAAAGGUACAUUAACCAACUGACGGUGGCGAAGAAGCAGUGCGAGAAGAGAAUCCGAACCCUGGGAGGCCCUGCCUACGACCAGCAAGAGGACGGGGCCUUGGACGAGGGGGAGGGGCCUCAGAGCCAGAAGAUUCUUCAGUUUGAAGAGAUCUUGGCCAAUGCUUUCUACCGAGAGCCCUUCAGAACGUACAUGGAAAGGAUGGACAAGAAAGCUCUGAUUAGUUUUUGGGAGUCUGUGGAAUGUUUAAAGAGUGCGACCAAGAAUGAAAUCCCACAAUUAGUUGGUGAAAUUUACCAGAAUUUCUUUGUGGAGAGCAAAGAAAUACCUGUGGAAAAGUCACUGUACAAAGAGAUCCAGCAAUGCCUUGUAGGAAAUAAAGGUAUCGAAGUGUUCUGCAAGAUCCAGGGAGAUGUUCAUGAGAUCCUGAAGGACAGGUAUUACCCUUCGUUUAUCGUCAGCGACCUGUAUGAGAAGUUGAUGAUAAAAGAGGAAGAGAAGCACGCCUCGCAGCUGAUUUCUAACAAGGAGGACGUGGGCCUGGGAGGUGAGGCUGCUGAGGAAGCUGUGGAUGAAGGCACCAGCCAGAUCAAUGAACAAGCCAGUUUUGCUGUAAGCAAACUACGAGAACUAAAUGAGAAGCUUGAGUAUAAAAGGCAAGCUCUAAAUUCUAUUCAAAAUGCACCAAAACCUGACAAGAAGAUCGUUUCCAAGCUGAAGGAGGAGAUCAUUCUGACGGAGAAGGAGCGCAGCGACCUCCAGCUGCACUUGGCCCGGACGGAUUGGUGGUGUGAGAACCUGGGCCUCUGGAGGGCCGCCAUCACCGGCGGGCAGGUUACUGAAGAGAACGGUGAGCAAAUGCCCUGCUACUUCGUCAUGGUGAGUUUGCAGGACGUGGAAGGAGUUGAAACCAAGAACUGGACCGUUCCCAGAAGGCUCAGUGAGUUUCAGAAUUUGCACCGGAAACUUAGUGAGUGCUUCCCUUCUUUAAAAAAAGUCCAGCUGCCUUCUCUCAGCAAACUGCCUUUCAAAUCUGUAGAUCAGAAGUUUAUGGAAAAGUCAAAGAACCAGCUAAAUAAGUUUUUACAGAAUCUGCUUUCAGACGAAAGACUGUCUCAGAGCGAAGCACUUUAUGCCUUUUUGAGCCCUUCUCCUGACUACCUCAAGGUUAUUGACGUGCAGGGGAAAAAACCCACUUUUUCAUUAUCCUCAUUUUUGGAAAGACUCCCGCGUGACUUCUUCUCCCACCAGGAGGAGGAGACAGAGGAGGACAGUGACCUGUCAGAUUACGGUGACGAUGUGGACGGGAGGAAAGACUCCUUGGCUGAACCCUGUUUCAUGUUGCUUGGGGAGAUUUUUGAACUCCGAGGAAUGUUUAAAUGGGUGCGAAGAACACUGAUGGCUCUCGUUCAAGUCACUUUUGGAAGGACCAUCAACAAACAAAUUCGGGACACAUUGAACUGGAUUUUCAGUGAGCAAAUGCUGGUUUACUAUAUCACCGUUUUCCGGGAUGCUUUUUGGCCACAUGGGAAAUUGGCACCACCGACCAAAAUCAGAAGCAAAGAGCAAAGUCAGGAGACAAAGCAGAAAGCGCAGCAGAAGCUGCUGGAAAACAUUCCAGAUAUGCUUCAGAGCCUUGUUGGACAGCAAAAUGCCCGCCAUGGAAUAAUAAAAAUAUUCAACGCAUUGCAGGAGACAAGAGCCAAUAAACAUCUGUUGUAUGUGCUGAUGGAACUGCUGCUGACCGAACUGUGCCCGGAGCUGAGAACUCACAUGGACCCGCCGAGAGCGGGUCAGGCUUGAGUCUGCACAAAUAAACCGCCGGGAAACGUCCGUGACCGUAGACAUGCCGCGUUUCCUCCUUUCCGCAGAGCCUGACUGAGAACAAUGUGCACUGUGUUUUGGUUACCUCCCUCCAGUUUUACGGGAAGUAAGCAGAGUGGGUCGAUGCUGUCCCAACAGGAAAAACCACUUCUGUUAACUACUGGUUUUUAUUUUCAUAAGAAUAUAAAUACUUUAAAGUUCAACAUGCUGAUGGACAUAUAAAUGUUAAUAUGUGGUAAGAACCUAGGAAAUACUAUAAAUAUUUAUGAAAACUUUUGAAAUGAAGAAGUGUAAAUAUUGUACAGAUAAUGUCCUCACUGAGGAUUUUGAACAUUCCUAUAUUCAUGUGUAUUGAAGAACAUUGUUGUGCAAUGCUUUAUAUGUAAAGUUAUUGUGAAAAAUUUGUCUUUAUUUUUACCAAAGAUUUCCCAUAGUUUGAAGCAUUUGAAGCAAUAAAAUAUAAAAACGAACCCUAGAGCUCCAUGACGUUUAAGUCGCUCACGUCUGAAAGAGGCUGAAACCCUGCAGGCAGUUCAGAUGCUCACCGGGUGCCCUUCUUUGUAGGAAACAUUGUGCACCCCACUUACUUUAGAAUAAUAGUGCUUAGCAGCCGCUUCAUCCUUCGUGAUCCCCAAGCCCAGCUGGAGGCAGCGUGCGUGGUAGAAGGACGCCAUGGCCAUGCCCCUGCAGAUGAACUCCGGGAGACAGUCCGUGACCUUGGCUAUCAUGGGGAUGUCGUGAGCCUCAUCGUAGUCGGCGAUCCUGGUAUGGUGGGGAAUUGCGGAGUGAAAAGGGCGCCAGUAUGGCUGACAUUUGCACAGGUAACGUGUCCAGAAACUGUCCUUGUGCCCCUAGGGCUUCCUCAUUUCUACCUGGUGGAGUGCUGACCAAGUCGUGAGGUCAAGGGCAAGGGGGGGCAGAACCUAAUACCAGGGGAAGAGGGGCUGCUUCGUGGCUCCCCUGUGAUUAUCCCCGUCAGGCUUCAUAACCACUAGAAGGUGAAGGAAAGGUGGUUUUCUUGUAGUAUGAGUAUUUUAAACUUAAUAUCACUGCAGAUUUCAGCAAUGGGGAAAAAUGUAUUUUCUGUUUCCCUGGACCGUUUACUUACACGUCAACCUUAAGUUUGAGUGUUAGCCACACAAGACCGGAACACACAUUUAAAAACUUGCACGUCUAUCUUUGUAAAGUCUUAGUUUCAGGCAAAUGGGCGUUUGGAGAUUUGGGACACUGGAGGUUGAACCUUUUCAUGGCCCGUUGUCUGGAGGCCGUGACUCUGGGGAGGAGAGGGCAGAGGGAGCUGCUCUGUCAGCCCAGGCUUGCGGCUGCUCCGGACGGCCAGGGCGGCUCUUCCCGGCAUGUUGCUUUUGUACAGUGGGGGUAAAUAGAUGUGGGAAAGUACAUAGGCUCAGGGAAAAGAAAUGCCCCUGUUUUAUGAAAAUUUCCAAGUAUCUUAUAAGAAGUUAGUGUUGGAGUCUUUUAACCAUUAUUCUCAUUUUACAGUUCUCAUCAAGCCACAAUGAAAUUAUGCACUUAAAGAACCUGUGGCUAAGGAUGCCGGAAGCAAUGACUUUAAUAUUUAAUACACACCUCUGAUGUGCCCAGCUAUGUUAAGUACUUUAUAUGUGCUAUUUUUAUAACCCUGCAGUAAAAGUACAUUCUUAUAAAUAAAGCAGUUCAUGUCUCCAAAAGUUAAAAAAGUUGCUUAAGCUCACUCAGCUGGCAGACAGAACUAACAGCACUGAAACUCUGAAGACUAACAUCACAGAAUUGCAUGAUCUGGUAUGGCAGCCGCUAGCCAGCCACAUGUGGCUGCUUACAUUCAUUAAAGUCCAAACGUAAAAGUUCCGUCCUCAGGGGCACCAGCGCUCACCAGCCCUCAUACACAAUAUUGUUGUAACUUCUCUGAACACACCUGGCGCGGCACGUCCAGCAAGAGUUUCUCAAAGAGCCACAGCCUGAAAGAGAAAGACACGGCAAGUUGUUACUUGGGUCAGCGUUUGAUUCAAAGGAGAACCCAUUCUCAGGUCAGGUUACCUUUCGGCUUCCUCGUUGGACCGUGUAACACCUUUGCCUUCGUAGUAAGCCCUUCCGAGGUUGUAAGCAGCUGCAAACUGUAAGUGUCUUGCUUUGGGACAUGGAGAAUCGACUAUUUUCUUCAUAUAUUCCAGUCCUUUCUCCUUCCACAAGGAAAAGAACAAACAAAACCCUAGUUGUUAGUUUUACCCAAACUGCUUUCUUUCUCCCCAUAAUGUCAUAAAGCAUCCCCCCUCUGGCAGGAUGCAAUUCCUGCUCUGUGCCCAAGUGGUCUGUUGUCCUGGGGAGACGUUCCUGAGAGCACCGGGGUAUGAGGCUUGCCCCGCACUGGCCAGCUUCCCGAGCUGCACUGUAACAUCUCAGUAGAGUUUCCUUUCCCCUUCCUCCCUCCCAGCUCCUGGGCCCUCUUCUGAAUCAGCACAGUUCUUGGAAUUGAUCAAGGUGCCAAAAUAACUGUGACUUCUUUUACAUUCCUAGUUCUCACCGUACAUCUGUGAGCCCCAAACAAAUGACGUUCUCUCUUCAAGCCUGCUUCCCACUAAAUGUACUCAGCAAUAUGUACACAGUGUGCUCAUCUUCACGUGACAUCUUCAUGGUCACAGAGUGCCCAGAAGACAUGACAUGCUAACCACGCCCUCCGGAAACCCAGCAGGCACAGCUCUUGGAACGCUCCAAGGAAAGUAAUGCUUGACAGUCAAUGCAGGCUUAUGUGCCGCAAUCCUCGCUCGCUGCUCUCUCGGAGUAUCAUUGGCUCCUUCCCACAUUCGCAGACGAGAAAACAAAUGCGUUUAACUUUUCGUGAGCCCCAGGUUCUGUGGAUUUAUUUUUGUGAAUGUUACGUGGUAGGUGUCUACCAGUUUUCCCCCAGCCGGCGGUCAGAACUUAGCGGUGGUCGUGUGAAGGGUGUGUGAGCCCUCCCGCAGGUAGCCAGCCGGACAUGGCUGCUCCUUGCUGCUCAGUCGUUAGUUCAAGUGUCAGACAAAAGGAUGGGAUCCCAGAGCCAGGCUUCAGACUCGUGACAGGGGAAGGGCCAGUGACCAGGGGAUGGAUAGAACUAGAAAAGCAAUGCAUUGACAUGAACUUGACAGUAGGGACUUGGCGCCUAGGGUGGGAAGUGAUGCCGGGGAAGGAAGUGAUGCUGGCUCUACCUCUGAGCACUGUGGCACAUUGGGGCGUUGCGGGGGAGCUCCCCCCACCUCCAGCGAGGGCUGCUUGUGGGACAGCCAAGUCUCCAUAGGCAGGGAGAUAAGGGCAGUGAUCUGGGAAGAGGCUGAGGAUGUGGGGGACUCUGCCAGCUGGACGGCAGCUGAGGCAGAGGGAGGGGAGCCACAAAGCCACGUGGGGUGCAGACACUGUGAGAAGACCGAUGGCCGGAGAGGUGCACAUCUUGUGUGGUGGCCAGUACGGCGCUGUGAAGCAUGGCAGGUACAAGUGAAGUCAGGGCUCAACGUGGAAUUCUGGGGUCAAGUUCAGACAGAGUCACAGCGGCUUGGCCUCAGGACGCCUAGGGAAGCCCCGUUGACAGCAGCAACCAGGCAGACGGCCAGCUCGGGCCCGGAGGCUCCGGAACGGCAGUUACUGGUUUGGAAACUAAAGACUUGACCGCGUAAAUGGCCAACUGGCUGGCUGUCCGUGGGAGCAGUCCCAGUGACACCCCUUUCUUUUGGUCUUCACCACGGAAGUCUUUGUACAAGUUUUUAAGGAUGGACAGGCCACGGUUUGAUGAGAGUUUGGAAAGGAUGGCUUUGGUGGCCGGCUGAGUGAAUGAGAGGGAAGAGCAAAGUUAGAGGAUUGCUUCUGUUAUAGCCCAGCUCAGGGUGCUGCGAGCCUGAGUGAAGGGAGCAGAGGGAAAGGGAAGAGAGGGCUGGAGACGGACUUGGGUGAAAUUCGGGAGACGGCACAAGUAGGUUGGUGCGAGCCGUGGGAAAAACACUUGGUUUCUGCUUGUGAAAGGAGAAACUUGAACUGGCUACGCCUCGGUUUUAAGGAAACGCUUCUUAGUACUGUUCUCUAAUUUUUAAGGUUUUCAUUAUAAAUAUUGAGUUUUAUAAAACUUUCAGCACAUACUGACACUACCAUCUCAUUUCUUUUGUUCAGGCUAUUAAAGUGGUAUAUUUUA